GAACUGUUGAUUGUCAUUCUGUUGAAAAUGUUUAACGUUGUUGCUUGUUGCAUUGUGGCAAUUUCUGUUGCAUUGGCAGUCGGCUCACCCGUUCCAGUUCCCGUCGGUUCAGGCAUUUACCAAAAUUUCUUUCAAGGAGAUAUCAAACUAUCAAACAAGCAGAAAGCAAUUUUGAGUGCCCCGAAAAAUGAUAGUAGCAGAACUGGCUGGACUUAUCCGUCGUUCAGAUGGCAAAAAAAUGAAUUAGGUCACGUCAUCGUUCCAUUCAAUGUCGAUGCACGUGAAGGAUUUACUGGCAGUGAAAUUGAAUGGAUGAACGCUGAAUUUAGGACGAUUGAAGCCCGAACGUGCAUAAGAUUCGUUCAGCGAACUACUCAGCCAGAUUUCGUCGACAUUAUAAACGGUGAUGGAUGUUGGUCAUGGCUUGGUAGACAGGGUGGACGACAAGAAAUGUCCAUAGGCAGAGGUUGUGUGUCUCCAGGUAUAGCUGUACAUGAAGCCGUUCAUGCAUUGGGAUAUGAUCACAUGCACAACGAUGUUGAACGGGACAGAUUCGUGCGCAUUUUGUGGCAGAAUAUCGAUCCCAAUUUUCACUUUGCAUUUGACAUUGUCGAUCCGCAAUGGUUUAGCAAUUUCGGUACACCAUACGAUUUGAGGUCGGUCGUUCACUAUGCGCGGUGGGCUUUUUCGAACAAUGGCUUAGACGCCAUUCAGACGUUAGAUAGCAGUUACAUUGAUAUCAUCGGACAGACUCGUCUUAGUGACGGGGAUGUGUUACGUUUAAACAGAAUGUACGAGUGCUAGGUGACAGGAUGAUUAAUUAUAAUAAAACUCUCUGAAGAGCUACAAAACUUA